AUUUUGAAAGGCAUCAGCAUCGGUUGAAUUUUACAAAGCGACCAUGUGGAUUUGUAAAAUAGUUAUAUAUUCCCUACUCUUCGGACUCGUUGCGGCUCAGAUCUGUGAGGUUAAGAGUAGAAGGCGUUUUAAUAACAUUACCACGAUUGUCAAAAAUAAAGUUUGCUGUAAGGGAUAUAGGAAAGUAAUUAGCGCUGCACUCAGAUGCGUUCCACAAUGCAAAGUGCGAGACUGCGGAAGUGGUUCCUGCACGAAACCAAAUGUCUGUUCCUGCCGGAAAGGAUAUGUCAACUUUAAUAACGAUCCAUCUAACAGAUGUAUUCCCUUUUGCAAGGGCUGCAGUCGAGGAACCUGUCAAUCUCCUAACCGCUGUGUCUGUUCCGACCGCCACCUGUUGGACAAAAAGACAAACAACUGCGUGCCCCAGUGUGACAGUGGUUGUCCAAAUGGAACUUGCAUAACGCCGAACAAUUGUAGGUGCAACCAAGGAUACAAGCUGAAUGCAACCACCCAGGUGUGUAUGCCAACAUGCAAGGAUAACUGCAUGGCAGCCAACGGCUUCUGUGCGGCUCCCAAUCGAUGCGAGUGCAAUCCAGGUUUCAUUGCCAAGCCGAAUUCCAAAUCAUUUGGAUGUCAGCCGGUCUGCAAAAAUGGCUGCAGCAACGGGGUUUGCCGGGCUCCCGACAAAUGUGAGUGUAACAAAUUCUACAGAAUGCACAUCGAUGGCAACUGCGUGCCAAUCUGCGAAGACGGAUGCGUUAAUGGAAACUGCACGGCACCGGACGUAUGUCAAUGUCUGCCGGGGUAUACGAAAAUCGGGCAAAAUGUUUGCCUGGCCGUUUGUCCCGGUGGCUGCAAGAACGGAGAUUGCGUGGCUCCCAAUGAGUGCUCAUGCAACGCUGGAUACACAAAGCGGGAAGGUGUCUGCACUCCAGAUUGCAAGGAUAGAUGUGAGAACGGAUUCUGUGCUUCUCCUGAAAGGUGUUCCUGCAAUGAGGGGUAUGAAAUGAAUAGUGAAAGCAAGUGUGUACCAGUUUGCUCAGGUGGAUGCAAGAACGGAUUCUGCGAUGCUCCAGAAAAGUGUUCUUGUAAUGAAGGAUACAGCAAGAGCACAGAUAAUAGUUGUUCACCAUUCUGCUCAAAAGAAUGUGAGAACGGAUUCUGUUCUGCUCCAGAACAGUGUUCCUGUAAUAAAGGAUACAGGAUGGAAACGAAUAACAGUUGUUCACCAAUCUGCUCAAAAGAAUGUGAGAACGGAUUCUGUUCUGCUCCAGAAGAGUGUUCCUGUAACAAAGGAUACAGGAUGGAAACGAAUAACAGUUGUUCACCGAUCUGCUCUAAAGAAUGUGAGAACGGAUUUUGCGCUGCUCCAGAACAGUGUUCCUGUAACAAAGGAUACAAGAUGGAAACGAAUAACAGUUGUUCACCAAUCUGCUCAAAAGAAUGUGAGAACGGAUUCUGCGCUGCUCCAGAAGAGUGUUCCUGUAACAAAGGAUACAAGAUGGAAACGAAUAACAGUUGUUCACCAAUCUGCUCAAAAGAAUGUGAGAACGGAUUCUGUUCUGCUCCAGAAGAGUGUUCCUGUAACAAAGGAUACAGGAUGGAAACGAAUAACAGUUGUUCACCAAUCUGCUCAAAAGAAUGUGAGAACGGAUUCUGCGCUGCUCCAGAAGAGUGUUCCUGUAACAAAGGAUACAGGAUGGAAACGAAUAACAGUUGUUCACCGAUCUGCUCUAAAGAAUGUGAGAACGGAUUCUGCGCUGCUCCAGAAGAGUGUUCCUGUAACAAAGGAUACAGGAUGGAAACGAAUAACAGUUGUUCACCAAUCUGCUCAAAAGAAUGUGAGAACGGAUUCUGCGCUGCUCCAGAACAGUGUUCCUGUAAUAAAGGAUACAGGAUGGAAACAGAUAAUAGUUGUACACCAAUCUGCUCACAAGAAUGUGAGAACGGAUUCUGCGCUGCUCCAGAACAGUGUUCCUGUAAUAAAGGAUACAGGAUGGAAACAGAUAAUAGUUGUACACCAAUCUGCUCACAAGAAUGUGAGAACGGAUUCUGUUCUGCUCCAGAAGAGUGUUCCUGUAACAAAGGAUACAGGAUGGAAACGAAUAACAGUUGUUCACCGAUCUGCUCUAAAGAAUGUGAGAACGGAUUCUGCGCUGCUCCAGAAGAGUGUUCCUGUAACAAAGGAUACAGGAUGGAAACGAAUAAAAGUUGUUCACCAAUCUGCUCAAUAGAAUGUGGGAACGGAUACUGUUCUGCCCCAGAAACGUGUUCUUGUAAUAAAGGAUACAGGAUCGACACGAAUAACAGUUGUUCACCAAUCUGCUCAAAAGGAUGUGAGAACGGAUUCUGCGUUGCUCCAGAACAGUGUUCCUGUAAUGAGGGGUAUGAAAUGGACAGUGAAAACAAGUGUGUACCAGUUUGCUCAGGUGGUUGCAAGAACGGAGACUGUGUUGCCCCAGAAACGUGUUCUUGUAACGAAGGAUACAGCAAGAACACAGAUAAUAGUUGUGUACCAAUCUGUUCAAAAGGAUGUGAGAACGGAUUCUGCGCUGCUCCAGAACAGUGUUCCUGUAACAAAGGAUACAGGAUGGAAACGAAUAACAGUUGUUCACCGAUCUGCUUUAAAGAAUGUGAGAACGGAUUCUGCGCUGCUCCAGAAGAGUGUUCCUGUAACAAAGGAUACAGGAUGGAAACGAAUAACAGUUGUUCACCAAUCUGCUCAAAAGAAUGUGAGAACGGAUUCUGCGCUGCUCCAGAACAGUGUUCCUGUAAUGAAGGAUACAGGAUGGAAACGAAUAACAGUUGUUCACCAAUCUGCUCAACAGAAUGUGAGAACGGAUUCUGUGUUGCCCCAGAGGAGUGUUCUUGCUAUGAAGGAUACAGCAAGGAAACUGAAAAUAGUUGUGCACCUAUUUGUAAGGAUGGGUGUGACAACGGGCAUUGCGUAUCUCCAAAUGUUUGCAAGUGUAAUGUCGGAUUUUUAUACCUGGCAGAAUAUAGAAGUUGUGGACUUGAGAAAAAUGUACUCAGCGUUGUAGAUUGUGAUCAGACCUGCCAAAAUGGAACCUGCAUUGAAGGAACAUGUACUUGUGGUGAAUAUUAUAAACUGCUUGAAGACAGCAACGGGCAAUUUUGUCUUCCGAUUUGCGAGCCCGAGUGCAUCAAUGGAUUCUGUGAAUCUCCGGGAUCUUGUGUUUGCUGGGAUGGGGAGAGUCCGAAAGAUGGAUAUUCUUGCCAAUCUGUGGAUUCAUUUGGUUCAUUAACACGCCAGGAAAAGAAUUUAAGACAAUUGAAGUGGUCAUUUAUAACGAUUGCUGGCAUGGCUUUGAUGUUGGCUAUAAUAACCGCAGUGGUGAUGAUGUAUAUCUUUAAAAAACGCUCUUAUCACGUGGACAAGAACGAGAGGGAGUUCGGUGUAUAUUUUUCUCCCAAAAAGGUUGAUAUUAUUAGAGCAUAAGCUUCAACGGCACGCCAUUAAUAAAAUAAAGAAUAUAUGUCUA